GAAGGAGGAUUUGGGCCAGUUUACAAGGGUAUAUUGUCAGAUGGUGCUGUGAUUGCGGUUAAACAGCUCUCGUCCAAAUCAAAGCAAGGGAACCGCGAAUUCGUAAACGAAAUAGGCAUGAUAUCUGCUUUGCAGCAUCCCAAUCUUGUGAAACUUUAUGGAUAUUGCAUUAAAGGAAACCAAUUGCUGCUUGUAUAUGAAUACAUGGAGAACAAUAGUCUUGCUCGUGCUCUUUUCGGUAAGCCAGAACAAAAGUUGAACUUGGACUGGCGCACGAGAAUGAAGAUUUGUGUAGGGAUAGCAAGAGGUUUGACCUAUCUUCAUGAGGAAUCAAGGUUGAAAAUAGUACACAGAGAUAUUAAGGCAACUAAUGUCUUACUCGAUAAGCAUCUGAAUGCCAAAAUCUCUGAUUUCGGUUUAGCCAAGCUUGACGAAGAAGAAAACACUCAUAUCAGCACGCGAAUAGCUGGGACAAUAGGUUACAUGGCUCCUGAGUAUGAAAUGCGGGGUUACUUAACCGACAAAGCAGAUGUAUAUAGUUUCGGAGUUGUAGCUUUAGAGAUUGUUAGUGGAAUGAGCAACACAAAUUAUAGGCCAAAAGAGGAAUUUGUUUAUCUUCUGGAUUGGGCCUAUGUUCUCCAAGAACAAGGAAACCUUCUGGAAUUGGUGGAUCCAAGUCUUGGUUCAAACUACUCAGCUGAAGAGGCCAUGAGAAUGCUGCAAUUGGCACUCCUUUGCACCAAUCCAUCUCCAACUCUUAGAGCACCAAUGUCAUCGGUCGUGAGCAUGCUUGAAGGAAACACUCCAAUUCAAGCGCCGAUAAUCAAGCGAAGCGAUAGUGCUAGUGGCGCAAGAUUUAAAGCCUUUGAGCUUCUAUCACUGUUCGCUGUGAAAUUUGGCGAACAACCUCUGGAUCGGACCAAAAAAGCCGUGAAGAUCCCUGCUAAGAAAGCCGCUGUCGAAGCGUCGCCCAGUACUGCUAAAAAACCUUCGACAAAGGUAAGCCGAAAACCCCCAACAAUCCAAAAGAAAAAGAAUGAAGAGGAGAAAGAAGAGGAUAAAGUCCCUAAUGAAGAGUCUGGUGACGAAUCUCCGGAGUUAAUCCCUCCCCCUCAGAAGAAAAAGAAACUCACAAAGGUUUCUUCCCAAAGAUCCAUCGUUAACCCAAUCAGGAAGGAUUCUGCCAGCACUCCUCCUGCUAAACCUCAGUCGACAGAUACGGGGCGUGGGGAAUCUGGCUUUAAUACUGAAAUUCCUGAGGAACAAGUGGUUGUCGAAAGAACGCCUGAGAAAAUUCUGGAGGAAAUAGCCCCAGAGGAAGAUGUCUCCACAAGUGACCAUGAUAUGCAAACCGUAGGAGAGUUCGACACCACAGUGGGUGAAGCCUCUGAAGACGAAUCUCCUCCUCAUCCAGGAUUACAUGUUGCACCUCAGGGUGAUGAUAUUGAAAUGGAGGUUGUGGUCGAAGAUACUCCUGAAGAUGGAGCUGCCAGAGAUGGGGACAACCAGUCGAAACGAACAGAGGUCGAGCAUACUUCGACGCGAAACACUCCACCUGCUCCUGACCGGGUCCAAGGGAGUAGCAAAUCAACUGGAUUCUUCUCAGAGUAG